AUGUCAGCGUGGCCCGAGACAGAUCUUGAGAAGAUGACCAAGGGAUGGUCUAAAGCCAUGGAGUUCUCCAAAGCCCGUCUCCAGCGUAUUCAUGAUCUUGCAGAAGACCAACUUGACGACGCUAUCAAGGCAGGUCACUUGGUUCUCGAAAACGUGUGCCUAUUCAUGCACGCCUGCGUAAAGCGCGGCCAGUAUCGCCCUCCCCUUGGAUUUUGGCAAGUCCUCCAUUCCGAGUACGGCAUUGUUGUCUAUCCUUCUGCAUGGCAAGAAGACAUAAAUAUUCCCGGGAUGGGCAUAGACGUGACCUUCACAGAGGCAUACCAUGGUCACAUCAUGAUGUAUGGUGGAUCACGCACCAAAUAUCCUCCCCGCUGCCCAUUUGAGUUCAUGCAAGAACCUCCGCCAGUCUACCAGAAGGAAACACCUAAGAUAGAAUCAUGA